AUGUCGACCGCUGCUCGUCGCCGCCUCAUGCGCGACUUCAAGCGCAUGCAGACCGAUCCGCCUGCCGGUGUUUCUGCCUCCCCCGUGCCCGAUAAUGUCAUGACUUGGAAUGCCGUCAUCAUCGGUCCCGCGGAUACGCCCUUCGAGGACGGAACCUUCAGGCUCGUGAUGCACUUUGAAGAACAAUAUCCCAACAAGCCGCCGUCGGUUAAGUUCAUUAGCCAAAUGUUUCACCCGAACGUCUACGCAACCGGCGAGCUCUGCCUCGAUAUCCUUCAAAACCGUUGGAGUCCGACGUACGACGUCGCAGCAGUGCUUACGAGCAUUCAAAGUCUCCUAAACGACCCAAACACUGGAUCGCCUGCCAAUGUUGAAGCCUCCAACCUUUACAAAGAUAACCGCAAGGAGUAUACCAAGAGGGUGAGAGAGACGGUGGAGAAGAGCUGGGAGGAUAAUCUUUGA